AUGACGGCGGGGAAGCAGCAGGCGGUGCAGAGCAAGAGCAUAGUGAAGAUGGAGGAGGGUCUGGAGCAAGGGGCCACGUCCGGCGAGGCUGAGGCUGAGAUUGGGGAGGGGGCCAGUGGGGAGGCACACGCCGCGUCGUCGGCGGGUGAUUCAGGGGACGGGCAGACAUCGAGCGGUGGUGGCGAGCAGACGAGCGCCGCCGCUGGGGGUGAGAGUAUGAGUAGGGGCCCGCUGGAGGCGGUGCUGAAGUUUGAGGAGCUGGAGAAGACGGCGAAGCAAGCCCCGGCCAUGUCGCCGCCGCGGUAUGUGCACCACUUCGACACCUUCUCGCUCGUCAAGCGGCUCCACGAAGGGGGGUACACGCAGCCUCAGGCCAUCGAGUCCAUGAAGGGGAUCAGGAAGUUGCUGGCGCAGAACUUGAGCGUGGCGCAGGAGAGUCUUGUGAGCAAGAGUGAUGUUGAGAAUGAAUCAUACCUCUUCAACGCGGCAUGUUCUGAGCUGGGACAGGAGAUCAAGAAUAACCGGAGACUGCAAGAUGAACAGGUCCGGCAGCAGAGGACGCACCUCCAGCAUGAAGUAGACAUUCUGCAGCAGUCGCUCAACCAAGAGGUGUCGACACUCAAUGACAAUAUCCGCGGCAUGUUCAAUGACCGGAAGAUGGCAGUGCGGGCAGAACAGACGACCGCAGAAGGCGCGAUCCAACAAAUAAACUACAAGAUCAGCACAAGCCUGGUCAGUGACAUGAAGUCGGAGAUCGAGGGAGUCCGGUGGAUCCUCAUUCGCCGUUCAGCAACAGGAAUCUUCUUCAUGGCGAUGCUGACACUGCUUUCGAUCCGCUACGCUACCUAUUUACACAGCGAGACGCAGAAGGAGAAGCAGCGCCGCAAGAAGGAGGAAAGGGAUCGCAGGGAUCGCGGCCUGACGGACAGCAGUCCGGCCGCAGAUGCAGCUGCGAUACUAUCUGCGAACUAG